UAAAUCUAAGUCGGAAACUCUUAAAAAUUUGGAAAGUUAAGGGAUUAGGGAUUUCUGUAAAGACGGAGCUGAUGAUCCGAAGAAUUUUGGAGAUCCUGGUAACGAUUAUCUUUUAAUAUAAAUUCUGAUAUUCUCCAACUGUUGUAUUUGAUUUUGAAGAAGUCUAGGGUUUUAUUUAUACUACUAGUUCAGUUUCUAGAGAGCUCAAUAUAUAUACCAAGCGAUUUCCAUAGAGAAGUUAUUAAACUUAGGGUUUCACAAUACUGGUUCACAUGUUAGUAGAUUAUCCAGAUUCGGAGGAUGAGAUGGAUAUUUUUAUUGAAAAUCUAGUAGCUAGUGUUGAAAAGACCAAAAAUUCUGUAUUUGAGACUUUCAGGCGGCCUUUUUUUCGAGGUAACAAGAGAAACAACAGGGAGAAAGAGGAACAAGUGGUGAAGGAUGUGAUCUCUGUUGAUGAUGAUGAUGACGACGACGGCGUUGAUGAAUUAGUGGUAGUAGAUGAGGAUGAUGAAAUUGAGGUGCUGGAAGGGAAGAAGAAGACUGAGGAGAAGAGUAUAUUGGAAGAACUUUUUGCUGAACUUACAGAUGAGGAGAAGAAUGAAGUUGAACUUGCACUUUCCCCGCAUCACAACCAAGAUGUCUUAGUAGUAUAUGGGGAUAUUAAGAUUACGGGAGAAAUACUGCAAUGCUUGGGACCGAGGCGUUGGUUGAAUGAUGAGGUUAUAACUGUGUAUCUUGAAUUGCUUAAAGAGAGGGAGAAGAGACAGCCGGAGAAGUUUUUGAAAUGUCAUUUUUUCAAUCCGUUCUUUUACCAGCAAUUGGCUGGUGGGGUGAGUGGUUAUGAUUAUAAAGCUGUCAAGAGAUGGACUAUGCAGAAGAAGAUUGGGUAUGGUCUUAUCGAGUGUGAUAAGAUAUUUGUGCCGAUACAUCAGAAGGAUAAAAUGCAUUGGUGUUUAGGAGUAAUUAACAAGAAGGAUAAGAAGUUUCAGUAUCUCGAUUCACUUAAAGGCGUGGACACCGAUGUUUUUAGUGUUCUGGCUAGGUAUUAUGUGGACGAGGUAAAGGAUAAAAGUGGAGAAGAAGUUGAUAUCAGCACUUGGAAAUCUGAAUAUGUUGAAGAUCUUCCUGGGCAGGAAAAUGGGUGUGACUGCGGCAUGUUUGUGCUCAAGUAUAUUGAUUUUUACAGUAGAGGACUUGCACUGUGGUUUAAUCAGAAGCAUAUGGCAUAUUUUCGGCUUAGGACGGCCAAGGAGAUUUUGAGGUUAAGGGCCGAUUGAAUUAUGAGAACAUCAACCAACUUAGUAAACUGCAGACAUGAUAUCAUAAGUUGUACCGUCUGUGAAGAACUCUGACCAUGAGAAGCUAUCCUCACAAAUGCUUCUGUUUCAUUCCUCUUUGAACUUUCGAGUGUCUAUAACUUUUUUUUUGCAGUAGUUUCUCCCUGCGAGGAGAAUGUGAUGUAUGAAUAGUCACCCUAGUUUUAUUCCUCUACAAUUGUAAAGAAAUUUAUCAGGUUUUUUCAUCGAAAAUAAUACUACAUGUCAGAUAUUGUUUAUGUAUUGAGCCUCGCUGGUUACUUGAGUUUCUCA